AUGCCGACGAAAUAGAUAUGUUCGUCUACAGAUAAUUUAGUUACUCCACCGACGAUUUCGUUUUCGGUAUUUUUUAUCGCCUAAACCCUUAAUUUUAGGCGCGAGUGUUUCGCGGUCUUAGGAAUUUUGGGUCUAAAAUUGACCGAGAAUUGUUUUCUCAAAACCGCUCAUCCUCCACCCAUUCUCGACUGCCGUCUGCAACCGCCUCCGCCUCUUCUAUGCCCUCUCCUCCGUUCAAUCAGUUAGUAGUCGGCCUCCGCAUCCUCUCUGUCUUCUUAUAUGGGAAAAGCCCUUUUGUCUUUCCUUAGAUAUAAGCAAACAGUGGACCUUCGACUCCCUCUCCUCUCGUCCGAAGCACAAAUUUUGGCUAGCUGCAACAUCGAUCUAGGACUGACAUAUGCCCUUCUGUGUGAAAGAGCACUCCAUAGUUGUUGCUACGCUCGAAAAAGAGAAGAAUAUCUUUGUUAAAAUGGUAAUGGGUCGAUCAUAAUCUGUCUGCUCUGUAUUAUCAUUGCAUUAAAUUGCAAGGUCAGUUUCUGUUCAUCUUAUUAUUCUGGAUCUAAUCUGCCUAUGUUGGUUUAUGUUGAAAUAAUUGAUUCUGUCAUGAUAUACAUACGUUGACAUAUUCCUAUGGCUAUUCUCAUAUUCUCAUUCAUUAUGUAGCGCUAUCUAAUAGGAAGCAUAUUCUGAUAAGCUUUUUGUUUCUUAAGUUGGAACAAUAGCUGUCAACCCUGCUUUCAAUUUCAUGGAUGUCAUUUAUAGGUUUAUAGCUUAUCACCUAAUUCCUUAUAAAUACAUAUUAUGCUUUGACAACGUUUUACAUGGUUGGCACCCCCAUGGUGAAGAUGACGACGAUGAGGAUCAUGAGUAAAAUUAGCAUUUGAAGGUGGCAGACUUCACUUGGCCAUUUUUUGCUCUGGUGCUUCUUAUGUGAAUUUAUGUCCUAAGGUGGCUUUAUUUUGGGCUCCCUUCUAUGAUAUUAAGAUGUCCACGAUUUCUUCGAAGAGUCGUGGGAAGCGUUCUAUCGAUAAGUCAUCAGUGCCUCCUCUUCCAGGUCAGACAUCAUCAGCACCUCCAGUACCAGUCCAAACAUCAUCAGUGCGUACUUCAGUGAUCCAGACAUCAUCAGUGGCUCCUUUACCAGUCCACACACCUUCAGUGCCUACUCCAGUGAGUGAUCCAUCUCAUGUUGAGCGUAGGAGCUCAGUCCGACGUCAUAUUAGAGGGCCACACAUUCAUACAGAUGAUGUCGUCAUUCCUACUGGUGCGACACGUGCUUCAGAUGGUGUUGGUGGUACUGCCUACUUUCUUGCAAAGGGAAAUGAUCGUAAGAGAGGACGUGGGGCUUGCAACUCUGCAAAGGUCUCAGGCAUAGUGCGGACCAGCAGGAAAAAGAUCCGAGUGGAGCUUGAUGUCCAUCAUGGGCGGCCUAUAGGACAAAAUGUGUCCUCCUUAUUUUCACAUCAGAUUGGGGCCAUAAUUAGGACUUCACUCCCCACGGAUCACUUCGAUCCACGUGUUUCAGAAUAUGUGGGCAAGUUGUUCUCGAAGAUCUUUCGUGAGUUCAAGUACGAAUUGCACACUUAUUUCAAGGAUUUUGAUACGAAAGAGGAGGCCAAGCAGAACCCUCCGUUAGAGUGGUACAACAGGUCUAUUGAGCAAUGGGGUACUCUAUGUGAUCAUUUUUCUGACCCCGCUUUUGUGAAUCAAUGCAAUGCUAACAAAGAAAAUCGAAGUAAAAAGAAAUAUGAACAUCACGGUGGAUCCAAACCUUUCUCUUUGAGAUAUGAGAAACUUGUUGAGGAAGGUUCACAAUUUCCAGAGAUCGAUACAUUUAGUGAGGCCUAUACAAAUAAGGCCGGGGAGUGGACAAGUGAUGUAGCGAAGACUCAUUAUGAAGAGAUGAUAGUAAAGAAGAAUGCUCUGUUAGAGCAGUUGGCUACACAUUAUCCUGAUGGCACACCAGCUGAGAGUAUCACUGUACCUACGGAGGCCGGACGAGAGAUUAUGAUGGAGACACUGGGUGUUAGGCCUGGUAGGGAGGUUCGUGGCCUGGGAUUUGGGAGGUAUAGAGACCUUGGUACAUCAUCUACUCAAAGGUCUACAUCAUCUUCUCGCUUACGUGAGUUGGAGCAGCAGUUAGCUGCUGAGAAGGAGGCUAGAUUGGAGGAUCGUCGAUCACAUAAAGCUGAGAUGCAGAGUAUCGUGAACUUCAUGCGUGGUAUCGCUGCUAAGAUUCCAGGUGUGAGAAUUCCACCCGGGUUUAAUGCAGCAUGUGAGGAUGAUGGCACAACUUCCUUAGAUUAGAUGCAUUUUCAUUCUAUGUUUUACUAGAUUCCUAUAUAUAUAUGUCAACAAAUUGGUACUUAGAAGAUAUUCACAUUUUGC